AUGUUCAAAGUCAAGGAAUUCGACCAGCUCGAACGCUUCAACGCGAUAACCAACCUGAGCAAUACUCUGAGUCUCGCCGUCACGAACACCCCAGCCUGGCUGUGCCUGUGGUUCACUGAUCUCGCCUGCAUCCGCCAGCUCACUGAAGCAGCGAAAGAUGGCAUCAACCGCGCGAUUAUUCGGGAGAUUUUUGACGCUGAUAGCAAGGUUAUGAGUGAUAUGCUGAGAGCUUGGAUGGACUGCGAGGAAUCUCCGUUGCGUUCUUAUCCCGCGGACAGCGACGACGAUAGCUCUGAGACGUCGACUGUCGAAGUUGAUGAUGGAGAAGCGAUGACCCUCCAACGUGACAAAACCACCUGUCCCUUCACCAAAUCCAACGAAGUCCGCAACGUAACCUCAAUCUACCCCCGCGCCCUCAGCGAAAAGCCUGUCCACGACGAAGACCGCUUCUGGAACAGACUCCGCAUCUUCUGGUCCGAGGAAAAGGUCAACGCCUGGCGAGACGCGUCCCGCAACAAAGACUCAUGCCGCAACUUGCUUACCAUGGAGACCCACGUCGCUCAGUACUGGGACACGGCGCAGAUGGCACUGAAGCCCGUGGACAAGAGCGACGAUGGAACUUCGUUGACCGUUGAGGUGUACUGGAUGCCGACUACGUCUUAUGGCUAUAGUACGGCUAUGUGUUCUCGUCCUGAACUGAAGCAUACGGGUAGUAAAGACGCGCAGGUAGAGUUGUGGGAUCCUGUUGGUAAGAAGAAGAUGGAGUCGGGUCAUAGGGUUACUUUUGAGACGGACAAUCCGGAGAAGUAUCCGCUUCCGGCGUGGGAAUUGUUGGAGAUGCGGUGGGAUUUGAAUCGGAUUGCGAAACUUGCUGGUGUGGUUGAGAUGUAUGGCCGUGAUGAUUACGAGAGUGAAGAGGGUGAGAGCAGUGACGAGGAGGAUGAGGUUGAGGAUGAGAUUGAGUAUAAUGAUGAUUCAGAUGAUUCGGAGGAGGGCGACGACAACGGAGAGGGAGGUGGAAUCUCGGUUAUGGGAUUUUCCCCCGGACUGGGCCACUUUCUCCCUUUGAGGCGCCCUGGAACGGAUGGCAAGUUGUUUGAGGUGGAUGAGGAGAAGUUGAAGGAGUGGGAGGAGAAUGAGAAAGAGGAUGGUGGCCCUGAGCCCGAACCACGCGAUUGA